GUCAAAGCAAAGAACAGUGGAGGUCCUGAGCCAUGGCAGUGUGGAUCCAAGCGCAGCAGCUGCAGGGGGACGCCCUGCGGCAGAUGCAGGCCCUUUAUGGACAGCACUUCCCCAUUGAGGUCCGCCAUUACCUUUCACAGUGGAUUGAGAGCCAACCAUGGGACUCCAUCGACAUGGACAACCCCCAGGAGGGCGCCAAAGCCACGCAGCUGCUAGAGGGGCUGAUCCAAGAGUUGCAGAAGAAGGCCGAGCACCAGGUGGGCGAGGACGGCUUCCUUCUGAAGAUCAAGCUGGGCCACUAUGCCACCCAGCUGCAGAGCACGUACGAGCGUUGCCCUAUGGAGCUGGUCCGCUGCAUCCGACACAUCCUCUACCACGAGCAGCGCUUGGUGCGAGAAGCCACAGAUAGCCUCUCCCAAGUUAGCAGUCCGGCCGAUGCCCUCUCCCAGAAGCACUUGCAAAUCAACCAGACCUUCGAGGAGCUGCGCUUGGUCACUCAGGACACCGAGAGCCAGCUGAAAAAGCUUCAGCAGACACAGGAAUACUUCAUUAUCCAGUACCAGGAGAGCCUUCGCCUACAAGCCCAGUACACUCAGCUUUCCCAGCUGAGCCCCCAGGAGCGCAUGGCCCGGGAGCCCACUUUGCAGCAGAAGAAGUCAUCGUUGGAAGCGUGGUUGCACCGCGAGGCUCAGACGCUACAGCAGUAUCGCGUGGAGCUGGCUGAAAAGCACCAGCAGACCCUGGCCCUGCUCCGCAAACAGCAGACGAUCAUCCUAGACGACGAGUUGAUCCAGUGGAAAAGGCGGCAGCAGCUAGCGGGGAACGGUGGCCCCCCCGAGGGCCCUUUAGACGGCCUGCAAGCCUGGUGUGAGAAGCUGGCCGAGAUCAUUUGCCAGAACCGGCAGCAAGUGCGUCGUGCCGAACACCUGUGCCAACAGCUACCCAUUCCCGGGCCUAUUGAGGAGAUGCUGGCAGAGCUCAACAGCACUAUCACUGACAUCAUUUCUGCCCUGGUCACUAGCACCUUCAUUAUCGAAAAGCAGCCUCCCCAGGUGCUGAAAACCCAAACCAAGUUUGCAGCCACAGUGCGGCUUCUGGUCGGUGGGAAGUUAAACGUGCACAUGAACCCCCCUCAAGUGAAGGCCACCAUAAUCAGCGAGCAGCAGGCCAAAGCCCUGCUCAAGAACGAGAGCACCCGCAACGAGAGCAGUGGUGAUAUCUUGAACAACUGCUGUGUGAUGGAAUAUCACCAGGCAACUGGAACGCUGAGCGCACACUUCCGCAACAUGUCGCUGAAGCGGAUCAAGCGUUCGGACCGGCGCGGCGCCGAGUCAGUGACCGAGGAGAAGUUCACCAUCCUCUUCGAGUCCCAGUUCAGCGUCGGCGGCAAUGAGUUGGUCUUCCAGGUGAAGACUCUGUCUCUUCCCGUCGUGGUGAUCGUGCACGGCAGCCAGGACAACAACGCCACCGCCACGGUGCUGUGGGACAACGCCUUCGCCGAGCCCGGCCGCGUGCCCUUUGCCGUGCCGGACAAGGUCAUGUGGUCCCAGCUGUGCGAGGCACUCAACAUGAAGUUCAAGGCCGAGGUGCAGAGCAGCCGAGGGCUCACCAAGGACAACCUCCUUUUCCUGGCCCAGAAGCUCUUCAACAGCAACAUUAACCACCUCGAAGAGUACAACAACAUGGCUGUCUCCUGGGCUCAGUUCAACCGAGAGAACCUUCCGGGGCGAAAUUACACAUUCUGGCAGUGGUUUGACGGGGUGAUGGAAGUCCUGAAGAAACACUUGAAGCCGCAUUGGAACGACGGGGCUAUCCUUGGUUUUGUCAACAAGCAGCAGGCCCACGAUUUGUUGAUCAACAAGCCAGAUGGGACCUUCCUCCUAAGGUUCAGUGACUCUGAGAUUGGGGGUAUCACAAUCGCCUGGAAGUUUGAUAACGCUGAUAGGAUGUUCUGGAACCUGAUGCCCUUCACCACGCGGGACUUCUCCAUCCGCUCCCUGGCAGACCGCCUCGGUGAUCUCGCUUACCUCCAGUUCGUGUACCCUGAACGUCCCAAAGAAGAGGUCUUCUCCAAAUACUAUACGCCAGUCCUCGCAAAAGCCGUGGAUGGAUAUGUGAAGCCACAAAUCAAGCAAGUUGUGCCAGAAUUUCUGCCCCCUUCCGGGGACUCCUCAGGCGGAGGGCCGACUUACAUGGAACAAGCACCAUCCCCAGCUGUCGGCUCCUCCUCCCACUACAACUUAUAUCCGCAGAACUUUGACCCCAUACUGGAUACCGAAGGGGAGUGCGAUCUAGAGGACUCGAUGGACGUGGCGCGGCAUGUGGAGGAACUCCUGAGGCGCCCCAUGGACAGCCAGUGGAUCUCACAUGCACAGUCAUGACCCCUCCCCUCCUCCCCUGGAGAGACCAUACGGAGACUGUGAAACACGGGGUGGGGC